CUUGAAAAGUUUGUGAGUACAGGUAUUAUUAAUUAGAAAUUAUGAAUUAUAAAACAAAAUUUGAAUUUGCCUCUUUUUUGCUACAUUGUUUCCUUUCUCGAUUGAGAAUUAUAUAAGAUCAGCCAACCCGGUUUCAGCUUUACGCGCGGGAAACUUUACGCAACAAACAGACAAAACAAAGGCAACCUUACUGCUGCCGGCUGCGGGAUAAUCCCAAGGAGAAAUCCUUCGAACAAAGCACGUUUUUUACAUACUCCGACUGAAUUGUUGUUCUCUGAAGAUACCAUCCGAAUUACAAUAAAUUAUACAAAAAUGGCUGCUGCUCAACAUAAAAUACUUGAUAUGGAUGCCGGUGCCCAGCAGGGCUUCGUGAAUUUUUUCCAAAAUUUACCGGAGAAACCGAGCAGUACCGUGAGGUUCUUCAAUCGUUCGGACUUUUAUUCCCUUCACGGAGAUGAUGCUCUGUUCGCAGCCGAGGAAGUUUUCAAAACCACGUCUCUUUGCAAGAAAAUUGGUCCAGCUAACAACAAAAUUGACAGCGUGAUACUCAACAAAAAUACUUUCGAAAGUUUCGUGCGUGAUUUGCUGCUGGUGAAGCAAUACAGAGUCGAAGUUUAUGUUAACCAAAAAACCUCCAAAAAUCAAGAUUGGACAAUCGAAUACAAAGGCUCACCUGGUAAUCUUUCUCAGUUUGAAGAUUUACUUUUCGGCAACAAUGAUGUGGCCGUCGAUGCCGUCGUAAUCGCCGUCAAAACUUCCAGUGAUGCUUCCUCAAAGCACGUUGGUAUCAGUUGCAUCGAUAUGGUCAAAUCGACUAUUUCCGUAUGCGAGUUCAAAGAUGACGAAAAUUUCAUUGAUCUCGAAGCGCUUAUUGUGUCGCUCAAAGCUAAAGAGUGUGUCUUACCAAACGAAAACGCUCAAGAUCUUCAAACCAUUAAAGCUAUUAUGGAGCGGAACAACGUACUGGUAACCAUGAAGAAAAAAACCGAAUUCGGCACAGACUCAUUAAUCCAGGAUUUAAAUCUCCUUAUCAGAUUUGCAAAAGGACAGCAGCAAAACGCUCAAGCUUUACCACAGACUAAUUUGAAUUUAGCAAUGUCAGCUACAGCUGCUCUCAUUAAUUAUCUAAAUAUGACUGGGGACGAUGGCAACAGCGGUCAAUUCACUAUAGAAGAAAUUCAGCGCAGUCGUUACCUACGCCUUGAUUCCGCAGCCAUCAAAGCCCUGAAUUUGGAGCCUCGAACGGAUUUACCAGCGAACAUACAAAGCUCGACAUCGAGUAUUCUAGGUAUUCUCGAUAAAACCCGUACCGCUGCUGGUAAGCGUUUGCUGUCCCAAUGGGUGAGACAACCUUUGCGUGAUUUAGCCCCUAUCAAAGAGCGACACGAUGUCGUAGAAGCUCUUUUGGAAGAUUCUGAAUUAAGCUCGUCUUUGAGCGAGGAACACUUACGUAGGGUUCCGGAUUUGCAACAGCUAGCUAAAAAGUUAGCCAGAAAGAAGGCUGGGUUGAGCGAUUUAUACAAAAUCUAUCAAUGCUUAAGCCACAUGCCAGUCAUGGUAGAGAAGCUCCAAUCUUUGAAUAACGUUGCUGCUGCCAAAGCUAUGUUUUUGGACCCAUUAAAAGAACAUCUUGAAGAAAUGGACAAGUUUCAGCAGAUGGUUGAGCAAACGAUCGAUCUUGAGGCCGCUGAUAAGGGAGAAUUCCUGGUUAAAGCUGAGUUUGACGACGAAUUAAAGGAACUGAAAUCUCAAAUGGACGAGAAAGAAAGAAAAAUGCAGAAUUUAUUGAGCAAAGUUGCCGAUGAUCUUUCUAUGGAAGCUGGAAAAUCUGUCAAAUUGGAAACCAAUCCACAACAUGGUUAUCAUUUUAGAUGUUCGCUAAGAGAAGACAAAUCUUUGAGGAAUAGCAAGAACUACACGAUAUUGGAUUCAAUAAAGGGUGGCAUCAGGUUCAGGAACAAAAAAUUAGAAAGUUUGAAUGAAGAUUAUAUGACUGCAAAAAAUGCUUACACUCAGCAACAGAAAAGUAUUGUAGUUGAAAUUAUUGAUACUGCAGGUGGAUACGUUCCUCCACUUAAGAAUCUUGGAAAUGUUAUUGCUACUCUCGAUGUACUUAAUUCUUUCGCCUUAGCUGCAUCAUGUGCAAGCGAAGUAUAUGUCCGACCAAAAAUGUUACCGAGUGAAUCUCAAGAACUCGAUCUUGUUCAAAUAAGACAUCCGUGCUUAGAAUUGCAAGAGGAAAUUGAUUACAUUGCCAAUGAUGCACAUUUUACAAAAGACAGUCGUUUUCACAUCAUUACUGGACCAAAUAUGGGUGGUAAAAGUACUUACAUAAGGUCCGUUGGUGUAUCUGUUCUGAUGGCCCAUAUCGGAAGUUUUGUACCUUGCCAAAGAGCAACAAUAUCAGUACUUGAUUCAAUUUUGGCAAGAAUUGGAGCCGAUGAUUGUCAAAUCAAAGGACUUUCAACUUUUAUGGCUGAGAUGGUUGAAACCUCAGCUAUUUUGAGAACAUCAACAUCGAACUCACUGGUCAUUAUUGAUGAACUUGGAAGAGGAACUUCAACUUAUGACGGAUGUGGCAUUGCGUGGGCUAUCGCUGAGCAUUUGGCGAAAGAAGUCAAGGCGUAUUGUUUGUUUGCUACUCAUUUCCACGAAAUCACACGACUGUCUGAAGACGUUUCCACUGCAAAAAAUUUUCAUGUUAAAGCAAUCGUUGAUGAAAAAUUGACCUUGCUUUAUCAAGUGAAACCUGGAGUUUGUGAUCAAAGUUUUGGAAUCCAUGUUGCAAAAAUGGCAAAUUUCCCAGAAGACGUUAUUGAAUAUGCUAAACAAAAACAAGCCGAACUUGAGGAUGUGCAAGGAAUCGUAUUUGAAGGAUCUGAUGACCCUGCAAAGAAAAAUAAAGUACUUAAAGAAGGGGAGGAAAUCAUCAAAGAAUUCAUGGAAAACUGUAAAGAAUUUGAAUCUCUACCUGAAGAAGAAAUCUUACCAAAAGUAGCAGAAUUGAAGAAACAAGCUAUUUCUCGUAAUAAUCCUUACAUCAAUGCACUUUUAGGAGUCUCAUGAACAAUAGUUACUACUUAUUAAAUAAGAACAGUAUUAUUAUCCAUUUAUUCUCCGGUCUUAAGCAGGUACUAAGAACGUUAUUUUUUUACGAUUUUCAAACCUUGACAAAUUGAAUGAAAAAGCAGAUUAAUCAGUAUAGAUUAUCAAUUUUACUAUUAAUUAUUCAGUACAUUUUUGUUUACUCUAACAGUAUGUAAGUAGCAUGCAUGUUUUUCGAUCACUAAUGUUCCUAUAUAAGGUAAAAUCAGUGAUAUUAAUGUUUUAUCGUUAAGUUAAACUGUUACCUAACAAGUUUUUCGUAUCUAAAUGACGAAUGCUUGAUUGUUUUGUAAUAAAUGUCUUUCAAAUAUUGAAA